UUGGGGUCUACCAGACCUUGGCUGGGGCAGAAUUGGGUGGGGACUUUUGGCAGUGGAUAAAUCUUAAACGUUUUCAGGGUCAGGAAGGAGAAGGCAAUGAAUCCCAGAACUCAGCUGGAGCCCCAGCCUGUGGAAUGUUAUUACCUACUGUCAAGGUAUUCCAAGGUCUGAGUUCACUUCCAUCAUGGCGUCAGACGUGAGGGGCCGCAUUACAUCACUGUCUAAAGCGCAAGCAAGUGGCCCUCUGAGUGUGGGCAUGUGGUGCAUGUGUGGAUGGGUCCUGUGAAGGAUGCUUGUGCACUGUGGAACAACUCCAAGAUCAUCUUCAAGGUCUCAGGCCCGAUAAGGGAGUUUGCCAAGGUGUGUCUUCCGAUGUGAUCACUUGGGAAAGAGAUUUCCACGUCUUAACGCAGAUAUAAAGGCUGGACACUGCACGGGGAUCAACGCCUGCUCCAGCUCCCUCUCUUCAGGCAAAAUGAAAUCCCUGGUGGCUUUUCUGGUGGUGCUGUCCAUCCUCAGAAUACAAUCGCAGGCUAAGGAGGUUUUUAACAUCUUCGUCCCAGGCAACAAUGGCGGCAAUGUCCAGGAGACCGUGACCAUUGACAACCAGGAGAACACAGCCACCAUCAACAUCCACUCGGGCUCAUGCUCUUCCACCACCAUUUUUGACUAUAAGCAUGGUUACAUUGCGUCCCGGGUGCUCUCCCGGAGAGCCUGCUACAUCAUCAAGAUGGACCACAAAGCCAUCCCUGCUCUGGACAAACUCCAACGGUUCCUCUAUGAGAAGCAGACAAUGAAUGCCAUGGCCUCCACGGAGUAUACCUGGGUCAAGUACAACCCCCUAAAGUCUCUGAUCACAAAGGUGGACUGGUUCCUGUUUGGCUCCCCGAUUGAGCAGCUGUGCAAGCACAUCCCCCUGUAUGAGGGGGAGGUGGCCACGAAGCCAAGAGAGGUGGGCACUGGAGGCUGUGCAAAGGUGGGGAUCCUGGGUAUCCUGGGGAUCUCUAUCUGCGGAGGGAUUCACCUUUAAGAUGGCCCAUCAGUUGACUUCGUCUUUUCAAAGAAACAAACCUUUGGUUGCCACUCAGAAGCAAAACUAAAUUCUUCCCAACAUUCCAUGUACUUAUGAGAUCCAGCAAUAACACAGAAAUGAUAUAUUUACAGAUA